UAUUAAUACUAUUAACAAUGAUAGACAACCAUGUAAAUGGUGGUAUUAUAAAAAAUUUGAUUGGAUAUCUAAAAAUCAAACAUCGAAACAACAAAUCUAUCUUAAUUUUAUAUCAUUGAAUAAUUAUAAUAAAAAUUCUACUAUCAAUGCUACUAUAUGGCUUAAUAGUAUACAAAUAUUUUCAGGUUCAUUGAUGCCAUUAAAAGAUCCAAUUGAAUUAUCUUCAAAAUUGUUAGAUAAUGAAAAUAAGCAUGAUAAUAUUUUAAUUAUUUGUUGUAUAAAUACAAAACUUUUACUUCAUUCUUGUCUUCUUAUCUAUGGUAAAGUUAUUUAUGCUGUUGGACAAGUAAUAAUGGAUGAAAAUAAUCUUAAUAAAUAUAAAGAUUAUGAUAAAAAACCAAAUGAUAUUCUUGAUUAUAAGGUUAGUGUUGAUGAUGCUGAUGGACGUAUUGAUGUAAUGUUUAAUCCAAAACGAAAAUCCAAAACUUCACCAAUACCAUUAUCAUCAUUAAAAGAUUCAUCACAAUCCAUUAUUCAAGAAAAUCAAAUAAAGGAAAUUAAAGAAAAUAUCGACGAUGAUCUUCUUGUACCUCGUCUAGCUAUUGUAAUACUUAUUGUUGGUACAAGAGGUGAUGUACAACCAUUUAUUGCGCUUGGUCAAGCACUUCGUACAAUGGGUCAUCGUGUUCGAUUAGCAACACAUGAAACAUUUCGAUCAUUUGUUCGUGGUAAUAAUCUAGAAUUUUAUCCAUUAGCUGGUGAUCCAGCUGAUUUAAUGUCAUUUAUGGUUAAAAAUGCUGGUAUAAUUCCAUCAUUAAGUAGUAUUAUUGAAGGUGAUGUUGGAAAAAAACGUCGUUCUCUUGCCGAUAUUCUUGCUUCUACAUGGCAAGCAUGUAUAGCCAAUGAUGAUGAAACAAAUGCACCAUUUAUAGCUGAAGCAAUUAUUGCAAAUCCACCAUCAUUUGGUCAUAUUCAUUGUGCAGAAAAAUUACAAAUACCUUUACAUAUUAUGUUUACAAUGCCUUGGUCACCAACAAUUGCUUUUCCACAUCCAUUGUCGAAUAUUGAAAGUUCAAUUGGACCAAAACAUAAAAUUAAUUUAUAUUCAUAUGAUGUGAUUGAAAUGCUAACUUGGACCGGAUUGCGUGAUAUUAUGAAUGAUUUUCGUAAGAAAACAUUAGGUCUUAGGGAAUUACAUAUACGUCAAGCAGCAAAUGCAUUAAUUGAUGAAUGUGUACCUCACACUUAUUGUUGGUCACCAUCACUUGUUGCAAAACCUAAUGAUUGGGGAUCACAUAUUGAUGUUUCAGGUUUUUUCUUUCUUAAUCUUGGUACUGCUUAUACUAAUCCACCGAGAGAUUUACUUGAAUUUCUUGGUAUCAAUAAUGAUGGCAAUUCGAAUGGUCGUAAAUUACCACCACCACCACCACCACCAAUCUAUAUUGGUUUUGGUUCGAUUACAGGUCAUGAUUCUCGUCGUAUUCUUCGAAUUGUUGUUGAUGCUCUUACUGAAACUGGAUAUCGAGCUCUAUUAUCUGGUCUUGCUACAGAUACAGAUCAACUACCUUCUAAUAUAUUUAAAAUCGGUAAUGUACCACAUGAUUGGCUUUUUCAAUAUGUAUCAGCUGUAUGUCAUCAUGGUGGAGCAGGUACAACAGCAGCUGGUCUACGAGCUGGCAAGCCAACAAUUAUUGUACCAUUUUUUGGUGAUCAAUUUUUUUGGGGUAAUGUAAUCGAAAAAAGCGGCGCUGGUCCAUGUCCACUUCCGGGAAAAUCGAUUACUGUUAAACAAUUAGUUGAUGCUUUCUAUUUUGUUCAUAAAUCAACAACACGUGCUGCUGCUGAACGUAUUCGUGAUUGUAUUUUAAAAGAAGAUGGAUGUGCAGCAGCAGUUCAUGCAUUUCAUGCUAAUUUACCAUUAACACGUAUGCAUAGUGAUUUAGAACCAACAUUUGCUGCUUGUUAUCGUUUGGAUAAAUAUAAUAUACAAAUAUCACGUCCUGUUGCUCAAGUACUCGUAGCAGCAGGUGUUUUAGAAGAAUCUGAACUUAAUUCUCAUGUUACACGAGAAUGGCAAUUUAUGCAUGAUAAUCGUAUGCAUUUACCUACUCAUGGUAUUAUUGAACAUUCACAAAAAGCUUUUUCAAGUAUGUUUAUUGAUACAGCUGAAGACUUGAAACGUACUGUCAAGAAAGAUAAUGAUAGAACAGCUAUUCGAACACUUGAAAGUGUUGGAACUGUUGCUAAAGGUUUUGGUUUAGGCAUUGGUCAUCUAACUAUAGGAUGUCUAUCAUUAUAUGGUGAAAUGACUGAUGCACUCAAUUGUGUUACUACACUUUAUGAUCCGUAUAGUAAUCCCAAAGUACAUCAACGUCAACGACCACGUGUCACUGAUUUUAAAUCGGGUGCUAAGGCUGCUGGUCUUUCUUUAUGGAAUGGCUGGAAAGAUGGUGUUACAGGUAUUGUAAAGCAACCACGCGUUGGCUAUGAACGUCAUGGAGUACUAGGUGGUGCAGCUGGAUCAUUAAUAGCUACGGUCAAUAUUGCCAUAAAACCAGCAGUGGGUACACUCUCAUCAGUCACUUGGAUAAGUCGUGGUACUUACGCCAGUGUGAGAAAGGCAGUAGAAACUUAUAGAAAUGAAGGAAGACGUAUUUCAACAAAACUAUUUGAUACAGCAUCACCAAUUAAAUGUGAUGAAGAAUUUCAAGAAAAUGAAGAUGAAGAAAUCUCAGCAGCUGUUAAAAUGGCAGCAGCUAGAUCGGAUUUUCAUCCAAAAGUAUGUCAACUUAUUCUUCAAGAAUUUGAAAAAAUAAAACAAGAACGAGAACAAAAAAUAGCUUCAGCAUCAAAGAAAAAGCGAAAUAUAACUAAUUUCUUUACCAAUAUCAACUAG